AUGGACUACAUAGAACGCCUCCUAGCUUUCAUCCUCCAAAACCGCCGCGGCCACGACGAUGGCCUAAUCCCACGAACACCACCAUUCGCGCACGUCCGCGAACCAACAAUCACCCUCGAAUGUCCAGAUAUCGGACCAACGGGAUCAAAAAUUCCGCCAAAAUAUGGAUUCUUUGAGGCUGGGGAGUUUCCUACAUUGAAAUGGACGUUUCCUCCAACGGAAACUGGAGCAGAAGGACAAGAGGAUGGAGAGGGUAGGAAAGAAGUGAAGGAAUGGUUCCUAGCAGUCGAAGACCCUGAUGCGCCAAUGUCAGAGCCCGUGGCUCAUGGGUUAUAUUACUCUAUCCCCGCGGAACGACGCUCCGUGUCGCAUGAAGAUUUCAAGAAAUUAUCAUCUUCUGAUAGUACCGAUUACUUCACGCUCAAAGGGGGGUUCAAAUACGGCCUAAACAGGCGGAAGACAGUCUACAUCCCCCCGCGAGGAUUAUUGGGUCAUGGACCUCAUCGGUACUUUUUUGAGAUUGUGGCGUUGAGUGAGCCGAUUGAUACGGAGAAAUUGAGUGUGACGGGGGCUACGAGGGAGGAACUUGUCAAGAAGCUUGAGGGGAAGGUUAUUGCUUGGGGGCAGUGGGUUGGGGUGUGGGAGAGGCAUAUUGUAUUGUACGGGCAGCUCCAGGAUCGAUGGAUGUAG